UCAGUGACGACAGCCUGACUAAAGCUGGCGGUAUAAAGCAAGCCACUCCCUUCCUCAUGCCACAGUGUCUUCUUGGCAGCUCCAUAGCAACACAGCGGCAAAGCCAGAAAAGUGAAACAUGGACAUUAAGGGAAAGACGGCUCUGGUGACAGGAGCUGCUACCGGUAUUGGCCUCGAAUACGUUAAGGAGCUCCUCAGGAACGGCGCACAGCAUGUGGCUGUUUGCGAUCUGGACUCUCGCAAGGGGGAGAAGGCAGUGCGGGAUUUACAGGCAGAGUAUGGAGUUGACAGAGCUAUUUUCAUCAAGACUGACGUCACUAAUACAGCUGAGUUGGAAGAGGCGUUCAAGAAAACAUACACAACAUUCAAGGCUUUGGACAUUGUUAUUAACAAUGCCGGUAUCCUGGACGAUGGUAGAUGGGAACUUGAGAUUGCAGUCAAUGUGAACGCUGUUGUGAGGGGCACCUUGUUGGGGUUCCAAUACAUGGGAAAGGACAAAGGAGGCAAAGGUGGUGUAGUGGUUAACAUCGCCUCCAUUUUGGGCCUGGCUCCCAUGGCAGGAUGUCCCGUCUAUGUUGGCACGAAGCACGCAGUCAUCGGUAUUACCCGUUCUUUUGGACUGCCUUAUCACUUGGACCGAACUGGAGUUAGGGUGCUGGCCAUGUGCCCCGGAGUGACGGACACACCCCUCAUUUCGGAGGCCCAUCUACGCCAGCUGAUGGGGGAGUGGGGUGAGGAAUGUGGUCGGGAGCUGGAUGAACUUCCCAAGCAAAAACCUGAAAAUGUGGCCAAGGGGAUGAUUCAUUUGAUCAAGAAAGGCAAGAACGGCUCGGUUUGGGUAAGCGAAGGCGGGAGUCCAGCCUACGAAGUUCGCAUUCCUGACCGCCAAGAACUCAGGGUGGAAUAAAGGACGCCACAACAUCAACUACAAAUUGAAACUCUCAGAGAAUUUGUUGCUAGGUGAGCACCCAUAUAGAACGUACCUAUGAAGAAACAGAACAGGACAUCACAAGUUGCUUCCUUUACUCUGUCUCCAUCAGCUUCCACUGAGAUGAAACAUGCAGAUUCUGAGCACCAAUAUGUACGGCGCUAGUGCUAAACGUCCACACAACUGUACCCUGUUUUUAUGUCGAUUGUAAGGUAAAAGCGCUGAGGUGAAGAACUUGUAAGUUGUAUUUAGUGAUAUUCAUGCUUAAUUCUGAGCCACAAAUAUAUCUUAUGCUUCAAGCUUGUGAACUGGC